AUGUCUUGGGACAACGGGAACGAUAACUGGGGCAACCCCACUCCCGCCGCCACCAGCGGCGGUGACGAUUGGGGCAAAGGUUCUGCUUCCAACAACAAUGAUGGCAAUGGCUUUGGCGAUGACAGCUUCCGCGGUGUUGCCACCUCUGGCAACGGCGGUUUUAGCGAUGCUGCCCCCUUUGGCGGCGACGGCGAGCACCGCGGCGAGACCGGUCACAACAAGGCUGAUUGCUCCAACCCGCGCAAGCCUCUUGGUGCUUGCCGCCGCUGCGGUGACGAAGGUCACUAUAGCAAGGAUUGUCCCACUGCUGGUCCCAUGACCUGCAACGCAUGCGGUUCAACGGAACACCUUCGCAAGGAGUGUCCCGAUGCCGGGCCAAUGCUUUGCAAGAACUGUGGCGAAGAGGGCCACACCAUCUCUGCUUGCGAGAAUGCUCGCAAGGUGGACCGCAGCGAAAUUCCCGACAAGACUACUGAGGAAGCUUGGGAGUUGAUCAAGACUGCUGUCGCCGAGCGCGACAUUGACGACCUCAAGGCUGCAGUUCAGAUUUACGUGAAGUCACAGCCUGACUGCACUUAUCAGCAGCUCGAGUCGGCCUUCCGUGGUCAUGACCUCGGGGUUUGGCUCAUCGCCCUUGAGAGACCCACUGUCUCUACUCUGACCAAUAUGGAUCUGCAGGGAAAUCUUGGGAAGAAAUACACGGUGUCGUACCGUUUCUCCCCCAACCCCGCUCGCCCCCGCGAGCGUGAGGGUUGGCCCGAGACUGAAGAGGAGCGUAUGGAGCGCUUGGCUGACGCUGGCGAGCUCGUUGCUGGUGGUUUGCCCAAGUGUCGCAACUGCGACCAGCUUGGUCAUAUCUCUAAACACUGCAAGGAGGACAAGCGUGAAAACGAGCGAAUCCAGGUCAAGUGCUACAACUGUGACGAGGUCGGCCAUCGUGUCCGCGACUGCCCGACUCCUCGCGUGGACAAGUUCGCCUGCAAGAACUGUGGACAGCCUGGCCAUCCCGUGGCUGAAUGCCCCGAGCCUCGCUCCGCCGAGGGUGUCGAAUGUCGCAAGUGCAACGAGACUGGCCACUUUUCGAAGGAUUGCCCGUCUGCCGGUCCUCGUGGCUGCCGGAAUUGUGGCCAAGAGGGCCACAUGUCCAAGGAAUGCACAGAACCCAAGAACAUGGAUAAUGUGCAGUGCCGCAACUGCGAUGAGAUGGGUCACUUCUCAAAGGAGUGCCCCAAGCCUCCUGACUGGUCUCGUGUCGAGUGCCAAAACUGCCACCAGAAGGGUCACACCAAGGUUCGCUGUCCGAACCCCUUGGUCUCGGAUGAGGACAGCGGCGGUUUUGGUGGUGGUGACGGUGGUUUUGGCGGUGGUGGUGGUGGCUUUGGCGGAGGCGAUGGCGGCUUCGACAACGCUGCCCCUUGUGCCGACGACGGCGGCUGGUAA